GCUUUUUGUCCUUGUUAGGCUUCCUUCUUUACUUCCACAGCGUGGAUUUCAAUGACAUUUUGAGCUUUCAUAAGACAGCUCCUUUAUUCCGCUUUAAUCAUGUCUUUAGUUUAUUUAUUCAGAACUGUUUUAAGAGAAGCAGUUGGGGCCAGCCACACGGUGCGGUGUUUGCAUUCAGGAUAUCAGUUACUGGCUGCAGAUAAAGCCUUGCUCAUGAAACUGAGGAAAAACACCGGCUACACCUUUAUCAACUGCAAGAAAGCCCUAGAGAAGUUUGAGAAUGACAUAACGCAGGCUGAAAGCUGGCUGCAUGAACAGGCCCAGAAAGAGGGCUGGACCAAAGCCAGCAAGCUGGUGGGUCGAAAGGCUAAAGAGGGCCUGAUUGGCCUGUUUGUGGAGAAUCAAACUGCAGCAAUGGUGGAGGUGAAUUGUGAGACAGACUUUGUUGCCCGUAAUGAGAAGUUCCAGCAGCUGGUAAAGGAUGUGACUUUAGCCACAUUGGCUCAUCAUCAGAAUAAAAGUCAAAGCCAGACAGGAUAUGUAAAGAGUGUUCUGUCGGGUGAGGAGUUGAAUAAACUCAGUGUGGGAGAAGGACCUUCAUUAGCUGACCAUGUGGCUCUCACGAUUGGUCGCCUUGGUGAGAACAUGUCUCUGAGGCGGGCAGUGACACUGGGGGUCCCUGCCGAGUGGCACAUAGGCUCAUAUGUGCAUGGCAACAUCAGUGGCAAGACCGAGGUGUCGAUGGGCCGUUAUGGUGCUCUGGUUAUAUUUCAGGGUGGAAAGGAUGGAGAACAACAUAUUUUAGGUCACAAACUUGGACAGCACAUAGUGGGGGAGGCCCCUUUGUCCCUGGGCAACAUGGAGGACCUGCCCUGUGGAGAAUCUGAGACCCGCCUCCUGCCUCAGACGUUUCUGGGAGACCCCAGCAGGACAGUGGCGCAAUUCCUCAAGGGUCAACAGGCUCGCGUGUUGGACUUUGUCCGAUUUCAGUGUGGAGAGACACUGCAGGAAGAAUAAAGUGGGAAUGUGCAUGUACAGCAAAAAAAUGGAAGAGAAAGAGCCACUGAGUGGAGUCAUGAAUGAUAGCAGAAUAGUGUAAGAAAUAUACAUUUGGAGGGGAUGAAAAUUAAUGUUAACUUUGAACAAAUGUUGCAGUUGUCUGCUAAAUGUACUUUUCUGAAAUAAAA